CACUAAAUUAAUAUUCUGUUAUCAUUGUAGCAUUUGCCAUUUGGUCGGCCGACACCGGGUUUAAGCUCAACAUUUCUGCAGCCGGUUACGGUCGAUGUGGAAUGUUAUUUAAUUGACAGUUUGCUCUCUCGCCUGGACUGAACGUGUUCCAGCUACGUGCUCGCGGCAGCUGUAAUCGAAUCUGCAGUUUUACGAAAUUCACCGCAAUGUCUUCCGCUCCGAAGAUCCCCACCGUCCAACUGCCAUCCGGUGCUCGCAUGCCCGUUGUCGGCCUGGGAACAUGGAAGUCGAAACCGGGCGAAGUGAAGCAAGCUGUCAAGGACGCUAUCGACGUCGGCUACCGACAUUUCGACUGCGCCUUUAUCUACCAGAACGAGAAUGAGAUCGGAGAGGCAUUCGCGGAGAAAUUCAAGGAAGGUGUGGUGAAACGGGAAGAUCUCUUCAUCUGCAGCAAAGUAUGGAAUACUUUCCAUUCCAAAGAAGCCGUCAAGAGGGGCCUGGCGGAGACUCUGAAAUCAUUGCAACUGGAUUAUCUGGAUCUGUAUAUCAUCCACUGGCCCAUGGGAUAUCUGGAAGGCGGCGACAUCGUUCCAUGGGACAAGGAUGGCAAAAUGCAGCACAGCGAUAUCGACUACGUAGAAACCUGGCAGGCACUGGAGGAAGUGCAGAAAUCCGGUAAAGCCAGAGACAUCGGCGUGUCCAACUUUAACGUGGAGCAGCUGAAGCGCAUCCAGGCCAUCAGCAGCCUGCCGAUCGCCGUCAACCAGAUCGAAGUGCACGUUUACAACCAGAAUAAGGAGCUGAUUCAGUACUGCAAACAGCACAACAUCACCAUCGUCGGCUACUCGCCGCUGGGCAGCUUCGACCGACCGGAUGACGGCUUGACCAGUGACUACCCGCCGCCCCUGGAGGACAGCUCGGUGAAGGGCAUUGCCGAGAAGCACAAAAAACAGCCCGGUCAGAUUUUGUUGAAGUAUUUACUGCAACAAGGCUACGUUGUAAUUCCCAAGUCCGUGCGGAAAGAGCGCUUGCAGGCAAACCUUCAGUUGUUUGACUUUGAGCUGGACGCUGCGGAUCAGCAAGCCUUGACCCAGCUGUGCAAAGGUGGACACGCUCGCGCCUGCACCAUGAACCAAGACUGGAACCACAAGCAUCAUCCGUUUCCCAAUCAGGGAAAGAUCCGGGCACGCGGCGCGGUGAUUCAGUAGAUUAAUUUUAAGUCAAGCUUCCCUGCUCAGUGAAAACGACUUUUUUUGUAGCCUUUUGGCACUUUUUUUUGUUGAAAUAUCCAAAAACGUAAGUCGAAUUAGGUUUGCUAGAACAUCGCUGUUGCACAGAACCGGUUCUGCAUGCAGUUUUGCUUCAGUUUUCCGAAACUAACAAUCCGCCAGCAUACAAGUAUUGCAGAUGGCUUGAAAAUGAAUUGUCAUCAUGAAAGCUGCUCGGUGGUGAAUGGAACCUAUCAUGCAGUUAUCUAAUUAAAAUCGAACUACUUAACUACAUAAA